UCAAAUGGUCUAGCCUGCUCUACAGCUGUUUGUGUCUCAGUGUCUUUGAUUUUGUGUAAAGUUAGCGGCCGCCGUUGAUCACUUUAAUAAACAUUAACGAAAGUAAUCGCAUUUUGAGACCAUUUAACUUAAAUUCGUGUGCAAGAUGUUCCUGACCCGUUCCGAGUACGACCGUGGCGUGAACACCUUCUCUCCCGAGGGACGUCUUUUCCAGGUGGAAUAUGCCAUCGAAGCGAUCAAAUUUGGUUCUACUGCCAUUGGUAUUAGCACACCGGAGGGUGUUGUAAUGGCGGUAGAGAAACGUAUUACCUCAUCGCUGAUAGAACCAUCGAAGAUGGAAAAGAUCGUAGAAGUAGACCGUCACAUAGGAUGUGCCACCUCGGGCCUGAUGGCUGACUCGCGAACGCUGCUCGAUCGUGCGCGUAUCGAGUGCCAGAAUCAUUGGUUCGUGUACAACGAAAGGAUGUCGGUGGAAUCAUGUGCACAGGCCGUCUCGAACGUGGCCAUCCAGUUUGGUGACGGUGACGAUACGGAUUCGGCCAUGAGUCGACCAUUCGGUGUAGCUAUACUGUUUGCUGGCAUUGAGAAUGAUGAACCGCAGCUUUGGCAUAUGGAUCCGUCUGGAACGUAUAUAAGGUUUGACGCAAAAGCAAUCGGUUCCGGUAGCGAAGGUGCACAACAGAAUUUGCAGGAGUACUAUUUGCCCACGAUGACCAUUAAGGAAGCGAUCAAUCUAGCUCUUAGCACACUGAAGCAAGUGAUGGAAGAGAAGCUGAACUCAACGAACGUUGAAGUCAUGACAAUGACACCGAAGGAACUGUUCCGAAUGUUCAGCAAGGAGGAAGUUGAAGAGUACAUCAAUAAUAUGAGCUAAAUCGGAUUUGAAACAUUUGUUUUCGUCCCGUGCAGUUUCCACGCAUCUUUAAGUGAUCACCCCCGCGUUUUUUCCAAGCUAUUAUCAGCAGACUGGUUUCCAUCUGGUAGUUCAUGGUAUCGGCUAACAUAUUUCAAUGGAGUUGAGGAGUAUCUACUUUGCAAAUUGCUUUCUUUUCGAUUAGCUUCUCGACGGAAGCAAAGUAAGACUUGUGCGAGGCAGAGAAGAGAAUAAAAUUUGUUCCAGAAGUGAA